GGUUUUGCAAAGCCUUGUGGAUGUUGUUGUUAAUUCCUUUCUCACUGUGUUACAUAAAUAUUGUAAGUGAAACAUAAAAGUCUUCGCUUUAAUGUCAGCUGCGAUUAUUGUGGCCGCUGUCGUCGGCGGUGGAAUACUGCUAAUUGUUCGCAGAAUGUUCCCCCGGAAGAAAGCGGUCGAGUUGCUCCGGUACCCGGCCGAUAUGAUGCGGGGAAAGACUGUCAUUGUGACCGGGGCGAACAGCGGCAUAGGGAAGGCCGCGGCCGGGGAGCUGCUCAAACUCCAGGCCCGGGUUAUCAUGGCCUGUCGGGAUCAGCAGAUGGCCGAGGAAGCAGCGCAGGACAUCAAGAAGCAAGCGGGGCCAGAGCACGGAGAGCUGGUGAUCAAACACCUGGACCUCGCCUCGCUUCAGUCUGUGCGGAGCUUUUGCGAGGAGAUCCUGAAGGAAGAACAACAAGUCGACGUGCUCAUCAACAACGCAGGCAUUUACCAGUGUCCCUACAUGAAGACAGAGGAGGGGUUUGAGAUGCAGCUGGGGGUCAACCACCUGGGUCACUUCCUCCUCACCCACCUCCUCCUGGACCUCCUCAAGCGCUCCUCCCCCAGCCGCGUGGUGGUGGUCUCCUCCAAGCUCUACAAGUAUGGCAGCAUCAACUUCGACGACCUCAACAGUGAGAGAAGCUACAACAAAGCCUUCUGCUACAGCCAGAGCAAGCUGGCUAAUCUGCUCUUCACCCACCAGCUGGCCCGGCGCCUGGAGGAGGAGGGCGUCACGGGGGUAACGGUCAAUGCCCUCACCCCAGGCAUCGUGAGGACCAGGCUGGGCAGGCACAUCCACAUCCCCUUCCUGGCCAAACCUCUCUUUUACCUGGCCUCGUUGUUCUUCUUCAAGAGCCCACUGGAGGGAGCUCAGACGCCACUCUACCUGGCGUGUUCACCCGACGUCGAGGGCGUGGCGGGGAAGUGCUUCGCUAACUGCGAGGAGGAGGAGCUGAUGCCCAAGGCGACGGACGAUCAGGCGGCCAAGAGACUGUGGGACCUGAGUGAGACCAUGGUGGGGAUAAAAACUCAAUAAGAGACCUGGGUUCCAGACUCUUAUAGAGACCAUAUGAGAGACUUGCCCUGGGAAUCAAGUGAAUUGGGAGAUGAUUGAUUGAGACUUCUUGGGGUUUCAUUGGAACUGGGGUCAGUGGGUAAAAUUUCCACUGUUUUUAAUUAACCUCGGAAUGUGGGUGCGUGUGGGUGUGUGGGCGCGUGCAUGCGUGGGUCCGUGUGUGUGUGUGUGGGCGCGUGCAUGCGUGGGUCCGUGUGUGUGUGUGUGGGCGCGUGCAUGCGUGGGUCCGUGUGUGUGUGUGUGGGCGCGUGCAUGCGUGGGUCCGUGUGUGUGUGUGUGGGCGCGUGCAUGCGUGGGUCCGUGUGUGUGUGUGUGGGCGCGUGCAUGCGUGGGUCCGUGUGUGUGUGUGUGGGCGCGUGCAUGCGUGGGUCCGUGUGUGCACAUAUAAUUGUGUGAUGUGCAAAUGAGGUGUGGAUGGAGUGUGAAUGUGAUUGGAGGUGUGCAAUGUGCCUGUGAAACUGAGAACUGCAGUCUUCCAUGAAUGUGUAACUAAGUAUAUCCGUUCCCAUAGGAACCAGCUAUUCUAUCUCCUGGACUGUCUUCACCAGUGUUCACUGAAUCACAAGUUCACACAGUCAAAGUGGAGAGGAGCUAAUUCCCAGUAGCGAUUAUCAAAGGGGAGUUGAACUGUCAUAUUUGCUUUUACCGAGUGCGAACAUGAUUGGUUAUAGUGCUAUAGAAAUAUCUCCGGGGUGGUUUGAAAAGCCAACAGGUAUGUAGUUCAGCAGCUGUAAAUAAAUGUGAAGGCGGCUAAGCUCAUGCAGCAUGCACUUGGCAGUAGAAAAAGGAAUAGGAGACUGGUUGUGUUGCGUUACCUAAUCCAGUUUUCCUCUCAUGAGGUGUUUGAAGUGUAAAUUCAUCACCUUCUGCUGUGACAGGAUGGAGGGGAACAAUAAACUUGACAAUGAGAUUCAGA